CACAAGCAGCAGUAUGCGGUUAGUAUAUUAUAGAAGGUCCGUGAUCAUAUAUGACACUUCACUUUGUUUGCGCUGCUGUGUCUACCGUGAAGAUAAUGUUUACCAACGUUUUAUCAUGCCAUUUUUAUGUGAUGCAAUGCAUAUUUAGGAACUAAUUUACUAGAGGGAUAGAAACGGACGCAAGCCAAAUCUAUGUGGUUAGAGUUCUGAAAAAUUCGCCGAGAAAUUUGCUUCUAAAUUCUAAAACGACGCCAUUUUACACACGAAAUAUCAGCUACACUGGACCUUCGCGAAUGAUUUCUCAUUCUUACGCGGGGUAUAUGUGUGUGAGACGUGGAGUAUAAGUGAAUCUUUGUUUCGUUUCGACUUGACGAUCACAUCUUUCCCGGCGAUAUGAUCGUUACGAAGAUUUAAGCUCCUGGCAGUCGUAUUAUUCUUGGUGUUCACUCCCCUGUGACGUGCAGUCACCAGUGCAAUAAACGCAGGAAUACUAGAACAUAGUCAUGGCUAUGCACACAGUACCGCCCAAGCGGAAAGAGAUUUACAAGUAUGAGGCCCCGUGGCCUCUGUACAGCAUGAAUUGGUCGGUGAGACCCGACAAGAGGUUUCGCCUGGCUCUGGGAAGUUUCGUGGAGGAGUACAAUAACAAAGUGCAGAUUGUUUCGCUGGACGAAGAGACGUCCGAGUUCAGUGCUAAAAGCACAUUUGAUCAUCCUUACCCGACCACGAAGAUCAUGUGGAUACCGGACAGCAAGGGUAUGUUUCCCGAUCUUCUCUCCACAUCGGGCGACUACUUGAGAGUGUGGCGUGCCUCGGAGCCGGAAACUCGCUUGGAGUGUGUCCUAAACAACAAUAAAAAUUCGGAUUUCUGUGCGCCUCUUACGUCCUUCGACUGGAACGAAGUGGACCCGAACCUGAUCGGCACUUCCAGCAUAGAUACCACCUGCACGAUCUGGGGUCUGGAGACUGGGCAAGUGCUGGGCAGAGUAAACUUGGUCACCGGUCAUGUAAAGACGCAAUUGAUUGCGCACGACAAAGAGGUUUACGACAUCGCGUUUAGCCGUGCCGGAGGCGGCCGGGAUAUGUUCGCCUCCGUCGGCGCCGACGGAUCCGUGAGAAUGUUCGAUCUGCGACACCUAGAGCAUUCGACGAUAAUCUACGAGGAUCCACAGCACACUCCGCUCUUGCGAUUAGCGUGGAACAAGCAGGACCCGAACUACCUUGCCACCGUUGCCAUGGACGCGUGCGAGGUCAUCAUCCUCGACGUCCGCGUGCCGUGUACGCCAGUCGCGAGAUUAAACAAUCACAGAGCCAGCGUUAACGGAAUAGCCUGGGCGCCGCACUCGUCCUGCCACAUCUGCACAGCCGCUGAUGAUCACCAGGCGUUAAUAUGGGAUAUACAACAAAUGCCAAGAGCCAUUGAGGAUCCUAUACUCGCGUACACCGCUGCGGAAGGCGAGGUCAAUCAGAUCCAGUGGGGCGCCACACAGCCCGACUGGAUAGCCAUUUGUUACAACAAAGCGGCCGAGAUUCUCCGAGUAUAAAGGUUUUUCAUUAAGGCAUACAUUCUCUGCCAGAGUAUUCAUUCAAACCGGAAACGAAUGUUGCUGGAUCGACUUUUUUUAAAUAUUAAUUUAAUAAUUUUUUAAUUAACGUAGAGUGCAAAAUGUAACGCUAAGAAAGCAAUUAGGUCUUGUGUACACGGAAAAGCUGCAAGUUGAUUGGCCACACAAUUCUUGGGCCAAUUUCUAGCAUCGUGUACACAAGGCCUUAGCCAUAGAGACGUUUCAUUCGUUACGUUAUAUAUUAUAAUUGUAUAUAUGUUUAUAGAGAUAUAUACAUAUGUGUAUACACAUAUACAUAUACUUAAUUUAUGAUAUAUAGUAGUAGAUUAAUACCGGAAAUCAAUUAAGAUUCUGGAUAUUCUUAGACUGAAUUAUCAUAUAAGUUUAAUUCAACAUUUGACAUGCAGCCCUCAAAUUGCGUUGCUGCAAAUUACGGUGUUAAUAAGUUCACGGAAUGUGAUCAUAUUGUGAUUAUCUAUAACUAUAUAUAUAUAUAUACACAUGUAUACAUACAUACAUAUAUAUACGUAUAAUGUACAGACUCUUAGUUAAUAAGUUUUUGAUAUAUGAAGACAUACAUUACCUAGUGACUCCACGUUUCAUAUAAAUUAUGUACUUGCUCGACUGUCAUCAAUGACGUGAAUAUCGAAUUUGCAAUUUUGUUUAUAAAGGCAUCAUAAUGUUUAUUGACUAUUUAAGGUUUAAUAUAUAGAGAAAGAUACUUGAUUAUUAGGUUUGGCAUUUAUGUGAGAAGGUGUAUCGAUAAUUAAUAAUAAGAGUAAAAUUUAUAAAAAGGCAACACAUAUACGUAUAUUAUUAUAUACUGUAUAAGAUAUAUCGUAUGUUUUACAAGUGUUUAGUGAACAGAAUGCAAUUAUUUACAACAAUGCGCUCCGCGCGUGCGCGCGCGCGACGAAUCCACAAUUCAGACAAUUAGCAUAAAAUGAUGAUUGCGACGGCUCUUCCGUUCAUUUUAAUCUAGACACGUUACUCUCGACAUGUCUGUACGAUCUCUCUCGGUACGCAGUCUCUCCUUCAUUAGUUCAAUAAAUAUCAUUAACUC